UGGAUUUAAUACACAGAGCCACAAAGACAAAAUUGAAGAAGUACAGUCAGUACGUCUUUCAUGCUGGUUAGUCAAAUCUGUGGUUGCGAUCACAGGCGGACAGGUUGAAUCGUGUCGCAUACAGCGAUUUCGAGAGCGUUCCUGAUUGCGCACGGGUCCGUGCGGUCUGAGCAAGCAAAGAUGACGACGACGCCCUUGAUGAUCGGCAGGUUAGGCACGGUGUCGGUAGCCGCACUACUCCUAGCAGCGUGCUGUUUGAUGGCAAUGUCAUGUCUGGCAAAUGCAGACGAUACAAAUACACCAGAGAUACACGUUGAUGAUGUAGCGCCCGCUUCUCCUGCCCCGGCCAGUCUGCCGCGUAUCCAGCUGAACCCUGCGACACGUCAGUUCGUCAACACGGAAGAUGGCCGCUCUGUCAUCUUCCACGGCCUGGCACAGAACAACAACGGCAUGAUGGUACAGGUUUCCAAUGAUCAGAUGAAACUAAUGGCGGACUGGGGCCUGAACAUCGUGCGUCUCGGGUUCCACUGGCACCUGGUGGAGACCAGCCCGGGCACCUAUAACCAGACCUACCUGGGCCUGCUCAAGGACACGGUGGAGCGGUUCGGCGCGCACGGCAUCCGCGUCAUACUGGACAUGCAUCAGGACAGCUGGUCGCCGUUGUUCUGCGGCGGGCACGGCAUACCGGAGUUCUACUCGCAGCCGUACAACACCAGCGAGUACCAUGGCAACGGAUCGCGCGCAUACCCGCAGCCCAUCGCCGCGCCCGAGUACCAGCCCGACGGAGUUCACAUCAAGAACUGCGAUCGCGUGGAUGCCGCCGUAUUCGGCUGGGCCACGUCCUACAUCACGUACUCCACCGGGGCGGCCGCGCAGCGCAUGUACGACAACGACCAGGGGAUCCUGGACCGGUUCGGCGAGUUCUGGCGCAUGAUCGCCACCAUGUUUCGUGACAACCCGGCCGUGCUCGGGUACGAGCUACUCAACGAGCCGUGGCUGGGCGAUGCGCCACUGGCACUGGACGAACUGGAUCCGGCCAAGAACGAGCACUGGAACCUCUGGUUUCCCAAGGCGGCCGAUCGGUCUAACAUGCACACGUUGUACGCACACCUGGCAAAGUACGUGCGACAGGUGGACAACGCGUCGAUCGUGUUCUUCGAGCCGGCCACCGGCGGCAACUACCUGGACGCUUUCCCGAUCGGCCUGGUCGAGGGGCCGGGCGGCGCAGAGUACAACGAUCGCCAGGCGCUGGCGUACCACGUCUACUGCCCCGUCGUGCAGUGGAACAACGCCAGCUCGUUCAUGCAGCAGCUGAAGAGCAUGCUGAACCUGGAGGUGUGCGACCUGUUCCAGAGCCCGCUGUUCGACGUGCGGCGCAAGGACGCCGAGCUCCUGGGCCUGGGCGCCAUUCUGACGGAGUUUGGCGCCAUCAGCAACUCGCCGUUCGGAGUCGACAUCAUCGACUUUGUGGCCGACCGAAUGGACGAGGCCCUUCACAGCUGGACGUUCUGGUACCUGACACCAGAACCCGAUGAGGAGGCCAGUGGCGAAGUGAAGGCGAUAUCGCGUACAUAUGCGCGUGCCGUGGCCGGUACCAUAAUGAGUAUGACAUUCGACCACCUCGACCAAGGUCGGGGCAAUUUCACCCUGACCUACGCCCCGAGCUCCGCCCCGACCACGUUCCGGGCGCCGACCGAGGUCUACGUGUCCCCGUUCUACUAUCCGGGCGGGUACACGUGGAGUACGCUACCCGCUGGUGUGCUCAACGCCACCCAGUCCACUCUCAACCCUAACCUGAUGCUGUUCGCACACACCGCAGCUGCGCACAGUGCGGACAGGAUCACACUCCACAUCAUCGGCAAAGCAAGUGAAUGAGACCGGCCACUUGAUUGUGUACUUGUGUUGCAAGAUAGACUGGACACGUGAUGAUCGAAUUUUAGAAACGUUCUGCUAACUGAACAGGCUUACUUGUUUUUACCAUUGUGAUCAUAAAGUCAUAAUAAUUAUUAUCAUGGGUAUGAGAACGCAUGCCAGUUUAUGGUUGUAGAACGUCAGUACCAUCGUCUGUGUCGUGCAAUCAUACUGUCACAGUAUCGCAUGAGCUGAUUGUUUUUGUAGCUUGUAGUUCCUUGGUCCUUUUCUUUUCUAUAGAUUUAUAAUAAUUAUUACAAGUGAUUUACGAACGGAUGGGAUCUGUUUCAUGAAAAGCACUUUUUCUACUUGAAGUCGGUGAGCCCCAGCGUGGGCGUGUGUGGAUUCUGCCCGCCUGCCAUUGUGACCACCGGUAGACUACUAUUUUCCAGGUUUUUCCAAAAAUGGCGAUGACACAAUCUGAAUCACAAUUACGCACAUAUCAUGUGGCCAGAGUAGCCUUGAUACGUUA